AUGUCCCAAUUCUCUGGUUCGCACCACUCACAGUUCAACGGUGACCCGAAAAACGUCCACAGCGCAUCACCCACGCCUUCGUCAUCUCCGCCAGACGGUCAACCGCCGUUACUCAAUAGCAAAUCGGAUUUUAACAACGCUCCCACUCCUAAAACCCAUCACAUUAUAAACGUUGGUGGUUUCCGAAAUCGAACACGAUCUCGCGCAGUUUCGACACCCCUUCCUGCAUCUCCCGCCCGAAUCAACCAUGAUAGCUCGCCCGUAGCCGAUUCCCCUAUAUCCAGUGACACGCAUCGAAGAACGAGAAGUCGUAGCAAUUCGAGACCAUUAUCUAUGGUCCAAUCCUACCAACCGCCCCUCAUGGAUGUCAGCGGAGAUACGAUUCCCGAACUCCAACCUAUCUUUACCUUCCUUAAUAGCCAUGCCAAUAAAUUAUAUCAGGAGGGUUAUUUCCUAAAACUCGACGACCAAAAUACCCAGGGGAAACCUAACCCUGAUCGAACUUGGACGGAAUGCUUCGCUCAACUAGUAGGAACAGUACUAUCCCUUUGGGAUGCAGCAGAACUGGAUGCUGCUGGUGAAGAUGGCGAAGUUCUGCCUAAAUUCGUCAACUUGACGGAUGCUUCUAUAAAAAUGAUCGAGUCGUUACCCACAAGGUCAAAUGAAGAGACGCCUUUACAAAACAUCCUCAGCAUAUCCACGGCAGGAAGGAAUCGAUAUCUCUUGCAUUUCAAUUCAAAACAUUCGCUAAUACAAUGGACCGCCGGCAUCCGACUUGCCAUGUUCGAGCAUUCUACCCUCCAAGAAGCCUAUACGGGUGCAUUAAUAGCAGGCAAAGGCAAGACGCUAAACAACAUUGGUGUAAUAAUGGAAAGAGCACGUACUCCGGCUGAUCAAUGGGUCCGAGUUCGAUUUGGUGCUGGUGUACCGUGGAGGCGUUGCUGGUGUGUUAUUACACCACCAGAUGAAAAAGAGUACCAGAAAGCGAUAAAGGAGCACAAGAAGAAGUCGCCAUACGACCGUUCGCAUGUCCCAUUGCUUAAGGGAGAUAUCAAGUUCUACGAUACGAAAAGAGAGGGGAAGAAAGCCAAGAAAAUGCUGCCGAUAGCAACGAUCAGUGACGCAUACUCGGCGUACGCAUUAUACCCUCAAGCUAAAUCGCUGAUAGAUGCUUCGACGUUGGUCAAGAUCGAAGGGAACAUCACGAUUCAUUCCGAUCCACCAUCCGAGAGCGAGGGUUUCGUAUUUAUCAUGCCCGAAGUAAACCCAGCUGUCAGUGGUUUUGAGAUGAUGCUGAGGUUUCUAUUUCCCACAUGGGACACCUUUGGUCUCUACGGUCGCCCGGGGAGACUCGUUGCAAGCGUUCUAGACUCGAGAUCGCUCAUGUUUGCGAUGCCAAAGCACAAGCGUUAUGGCUAUUUAGAACUGUUAGACGUGUCCGGGCUAAUAUUGACUGAUGGUAGUUCGAGCUGGAACGAGCGAGAAUGGAGGAAGAAACUAAAGGAGUUGACUGGUACUCGGAUGAAUAGUAUCGAGGACGGAUCCAGCGGAAGUUCAGGUCAAACUGGCAGUCAGAACAAGCGUCUUAGUUUUGGCCCAUCUGCUGGUGCAGCCGCCUCGAAACCUCGUGUUGGCUUUGCUGACGAAGCACCCCCUUCCGUUCGUACAUCUAGGUCCAUGUCCCUCAAUAGUCGACCACCAGACUCGGCACCUCCCAAGGAUCGAGACCAGGCCUCCGGAAAUAAAUCAGGGCAUGCACGUAACGCGUCGGAUUCCCGCAUAUCCAUUGGUCAGCUUCCUCCUCCGCCGCCUCCCCACCAGGAUAAUUCGUACACCUCGAGCCCGGCUUCAUCCAUGCGAGGACCUAAUCCAGCACGUAAUUUUAUGAAUGAUUUGGCCUCAACUCCGGAGCGUGUAAGCUCUGACGACGAGCCGAUUGACGCGCCGAUCCGUGAUUUCGAUGGAAUGCGAAGAAUGCAGACCCCCGAGCCAGUUUCUCAACCUCCAAGUUUCUCUCACGCACCAGGUCACGUUCCUACGACCCGACCCUACCACUCUCCAGAAAUGCGCCGUGCUAAUAGCCGCUUGUCAUUGACCACGCUUACGCAGCUUGCUAAAGCUGGUGGCGUUCCCGUAAGUGCGGAAUCAUUAGACAGCGAAAGGAGCAACGAGGAGCGCCGCGGGCCGCCCCCUCAAGAGCCAAAUCAACGUGGCCCACCACCACCGGUACAUACUCACGCCAAUAACGCUGGGAUGUCUGCUAAUGCCGGAUCUCGUGAAGUUUUAAGGGAUAACCAACCAUUCUCUCCCGGGCUGCCACCCCCUCAAAUGGGCCCCAUGGCAAUGCGAUCUAGAUCACCGUUAAACCAAAACCAGAAUAUGGGUCCCCCACCCCCCGGUCCGCGAGGUCCAAGUCCUGGUGCAGGUCCCCGACCCAAAACCCCGACUUCUCGACCUGGUACUGCGACAGGUAAUCGUCCACCCCCUCCUCCUGGACACGGGCCGCCAUAUGGACCCCCACCCGGCAAUAUGCCUCCAGGACAACGUGGACCUCCUUACGGUAUGCCUCCCCCCGGUAGAGGUCGUGGUCGCGGUCGUCCUCCUCCAGGCAUGGCCCCUCCUGGCAUGCCUCCUCACGGGCGCGGUCAACCGAACUAUCCACCGAACGAAAAUAUGUAUCGAGGUUAUCCGCCACAAGGACCACCGGGUCCUGGUGGACCAGAUGGGCCGACAUCCCCCACUAACCGUAAACCAUUACCACCCCUUAACACAUCUCCUUCUCUUAGUAGGAAGCCAUUGCCAGCUCGUACCGAUAGUUUGCAACAUCGGCGCAAUGAUAUGGCACCAGACUCCCCCUCAACAAGCAGCGGAAGCCUUACAGGAAAUCGAGUCGAUGCUACCGGAUUAGGUCAAAUCCGUCCUCUUAAUACAGGGCCCCGGGGUCCUCCAAACCCUGCAGUGCAACGUCAAGGUACUGGCAAGAGCCAAUCAAGUAGUCGAUAUGAUGACUCAGCGUCAACCGAUAGUCCCGAUUACGCUAGUUCUCGUCCUUCAACUGAUACGGCAUCUUCAAGUGAGAGGGAGCGGCCAAGAGCUGGUGUGCUCCGCUCUACUGGAAAUGUGGAUGAUUCUCCCGUAACUUCUAGACCUAAUUUCGACAUUCCAGAUAUAGAUUUUGGCCCGACUACGAACUAUGCGGCAGCCCCACGCACGAAAACUCCCACCCCCGGUAAUCCCACACCGAGAUCGUUCUCCCCAGGUCCUCGAUCCUAUUCACCCGCACCCGCGCCACGUAGAUCACCCGGCAUGGAAGCAGGACAUGGUCGUCAAGACUCAGAGGACACAUUACGACGAAGUAUCGUUUGGCAACCAGCUGCAAUGACCCCAGGAAGCCCCGCUGCGCAUGGUUUGUCGGCUGAAGAAUACGUCCAACAACGAGCGGCUACUGCGGCGUCGACACCACUAUAUGCUCAUCAAAGGCAUUCUUCUGGGAAUACCCUUAGCGGAUUUAGAGCAGGUACACCAACACCCCCAUUAACUCGAGGACAGGGUCAGGAUUACAUUGGUACUGCACACUCUCGAAACAGUUCCCAGGAUUUACUUAAUCGACCUGGUUCUCGGGGAGCCGGCGAUAUUCUUCAGCGUCCCAACUCACGUGGACCUGGCGAGUUGCUUCAACGCCCGGGUUCUCGCGGCGCCGGUGCUGUGCUAGGUGGCCAAGGCGGAGUUGAUUCACACCUCUCAGCCCGUGAACAGGAACACGUCGCACGCGUUACGGGCUCCCCGUUAAUUAACAUGGCGGGUAACAAAGCCCCUCCCCAAACUAGUGCAGGGUUGGUUGGCGCGAUUGAAGCCAGGGAACGUGAAAAGCAGCAGAUGAAACAAGGUUGGAGUAGUCAAGCAGCCCAACAUGCUAUCAACCAACGACAACAACAACAACAGCAAGCCUUCCAACAAUACCAACAGCCUAUGCCGUCGCCUGGUAUGCCACCACCAGCUGGUAUGUACUCUAAUAUGGGACGUAGUGGAAGUGGACCGAAUACACCUAAUUAUGGAGGUUUUGGAAGCCCUCCCCCAAUGUCUUAUGAACAAGAGGGUGGUUGGUCGUCUCCUGGUCCAGGAUUCCGAUCUCCUCCACCCGGAAACUUUGAUCCUCGAUUUAACCCGCAUCGCAUGCCGUCACCUCACGCUCAACUAUCCUCACCACCACCAUUCCAAGCGCAAAGCCCACCAACCCCAGGACGAGGCCAAAAUCAAUACCCUUACCACGGACAGGCAUUUUAG